CCGGAUGGAUUAUUUAUCAAGUGGUGAGUCCCAUGUCGCGAUUUGCGGCAAUUGUGGAUACGGGAUCCAAGACAGCCGCCCGGAAUUAUAUUCUUAAUGACCUACAACUUCGAUAACGUUAUCAUAACAGAGAAACUAUGAAGAAAGAAGUCGAUAUGAAGACCAAAGAAUAUCUUUGCAACAGGUGUUUGAGCUAUGCGUGUUGAGGCAGAGGAGAACAAGAUAGUCAGCCAUCAGGUGAACUUUAUCGUCGUGCGCAAUUAUAGGCUACCAGUAUGCAUGAAUUAUGUUAACUUUAUGAACUCAGUUACUAAAAUGACUCGUAAUUUGACAAUUCUGUUGAUAUUAUGUAAAACAACAUUUGUUUUUGAUAAGUAAAAUGACCAAAUACAUGCUCAUUGAAAGACACCUGUCCAAAGAAAUAGGCUUUUUCCCCCUCACUUGGAUGAUGUAUGCAGAUCUCUGUCAAUUCAACGAGAUAUGCUUCUAAAUAGUGGACAUACAUUUGUUAUCUUACUGUAAUGUACACAGGACUGACAUUUUAUUGUUAUCUACGAAGAAAAUUGUUCAAGAGUUAAAUAGAGGUUAAACCUCAUCUAGAUGCUGCGUUUAUAAAUACGGAGGAGUUGUCUAGCCGCAGUUAUGGUGGUGGAGAGGACACUUCUUGCCGCAAGGCAGGGGGAUGUACAAACUCUGAAAGUGCAAUUAGCGGAGAAAGUACUGAACAGCGACGUAAAGGACCUUCUCGGAGCCUCACCUGUCCACCAUGCCGCCCGUGCUGGAAAACUGACUUGCCUACGUUUCCUCGUGGAAGAAGCGGGUUUACCCGGCAACAGUUUGGCGAAUAAUGGCGCCAGCCCCGCACACGACGCUGCUGCCACUGGUAACCUGGCCUGCUUACAGUGGCUAUUAACUCAAGGUGGAUGUCGUACCGCGGACCGGGAUAGUUCUGGAGCCACCGUUCUCCACCUCGCCUCCCGGUUCAGCCAUCACGAGAUCACAGAUUGGCUGCUGAAGAGCGGGGAAGCGGACACUGGGGCGUCCACAGACACUGGGGCCCUGCCUGUCCACUAUGCUGCUGCCAAGGGAGACCUACCCUCCCUCCGUCUCCUGUUGGGUCACAGCCCAAAUGUUGUCAAUUCCCAAACAAAGAAUGGUGCCACACCCCUAUACCUGGCCUGCCAGGAAGGUCACCUGGAGGUUGUCCAAUACCUGGUGAAAGACUGUGUGGCGGAGCCAGGCAUCAGAGCCAAUGACGGGAUGACACCUCUGCACGCCGCCGCCCAAAUGGGCCAUAACACUGUCAUCGUCUGGCUGGUGAGUUUCACAGAGAUCAGCCUGUCCGACCGGGAUGGUGACGGUGCCACGGCUAUGCACUUUGCCGCCAGCCGUGGCCACGCCAAGGUGCUCAGCUGGCUGCUGCUGCACGGCGGCGAGAUCAUCACCGACAGCUGGGGCGGAACGCCGCUACACGACGCCGCCGAGAACGGGGAGCUGGAGUGCUGUCAGAUCCUGGUGGUGAACGGUGUGGACCUGGGCAUACGGGACCAGGACGGCUUCUCCGCGGCCGACCUGGCAGAGUACAACGGGCACGCCCAGUGUGCCAAGUACCUGCGCAAUGUGGAGAACAUGAGUGUGGAGCACCGCGUGCUUUCCAGAGACCCAUCGGCUGACCUGGAGUACAACAAACAGCCUGACUCAGGUUUGUCGUCCCCCAACAACACCAUGCCCCCGGCGGGGUCGGGGCAGGCCCAGCAACCCGCCCACUUCGACAUGGGCUCGCCCUCCAGCACUCUGUCCAAUUACGACUCGGCCAACUCCAGUCAGUCCAGCACAGGAGGGAAAAGGAGCGGCUCGCCCCCAUCAUCGCGAGCCCCAGCUGGUGGGGGCCCAACGGAGUCGACCAUCAAUGACAUGCAGACCUACAUGGACAUGCUGAACCCAGACGUAGGAGGUGGAGUUCCCAACAGCAAGGACCCCGCCACCAACGCCACCACUCAGCAGCCUCCCCCACCCCCGCCAGCCUUUCCACCACCCCCUCCCCCUGACUGCCCCUCCCAACUACCUCCACCCCCCGGCUACCCGCCACCCCAGCCCCCCGAGGACUCAGACGCCGAGAUCUACUUGAAGGUGAAGAGCAACCUGAGGCAUGUGGAGAAUGAGCAACUGACUCCAGGAGAUCACCACGAUAGGCUGCGUCGGGUGGACUCCAACAGAAAGUCUCGAAACUUCAACAAGCAGCCCAGCACCGGGGACUACUACAAAGCCCUGGGUAGCGACACGGUCGACAACCGUGGGAUCAGAGCCAUGGCGCCUAACGAGGAGGGUUCUGUGCUAUUGGAGGAGCCAGCCGACAGCCCCGCCCCCAGCCCCGAGAACGGCACCACGGAGGAGUUGUCCCUCCCUCCUCCUCUUCCUCCUCUCCCACCUCCCCUCCCCAUCGGCAACCCCACCCCGGCACCCCCUCCUCCCCCACCACUGCCCUCGGAAAUGCCCACCUACCAGUACAGCCCUUCCUCAAACACCAACCAGCGACGCCCCUCCUCCUCUUCAGGAAGCGGGGCGUUUCUGUCCCCCUCUCCUCAGUCAGAAGGCGGCCCACUCAAGGUGAUGAAGAGCAACAAAUCUUUCAACAUGAUGUCCCCCACCGGAGACAACUCUGAGCUGCUGGCCGAAAUAAAAGCGGGAAAGAACCUGAAGCCCACUCCACACAGUAAAGGCUACACGACUGUCUUCUCCAACAGUGGCCCGCCGGGCAACAACGGAGAGAGCCCUACGUCCCCGCCUCCGACCCGCACGGUCAGCCCGCCAUCAGCCAAGCCCAUGUCCCCGCCCCCUGCUGCCAGCGCCACUUCGCCACCCACCACCCCCAGCCCGGUUGGCACCGGCACGCCCCGGACCCUCUCCACCUCUCAGAGCAGCGAGCAGCUCCUCAAUGGGAAUGGCAGCGGAGCAGCGUCGGCAUCUAGCCCGAUGGGCCAGACCCGGAAGGGUAGCCUGGCGGACGUGGAGGCCCUAGUGCCCACACACGAUGAGCAGGGCCGGGCCAUCCCCGAGUGGAAGAGGCAGGUGAUGGUGCGCAAGCUCCAGGUCAAGAUGCAGGAGGAGGAAGAACACAAACGCAAGGUGGACGAGGAGGCGGCGCGCCUGGCAUCCAUGCCAGCGUGGCGGAGGGACAUCAUGAAGAAAAAGCUUGAUGAAGAGAAGUCGGGCAGGGAGCAAAAAAGAAAAGAGGAGGAGCGAGCAAAGAAGGAGAAGGAGAGCGAGGAGAAGACGGAGCAGGAGCGACUACGGACCCUGGGUUACGACGAGAGCAAACUGGCGCCAUGGCAACGGCAGAUCAUCCUAAAGAAAGGAGACAUAGCAAAACCGUAGACAGCCCUUCUCCAUGGCACCCCCAGGUCCUUGCCCACAUCAACCUCCCUGUCCAACCCUCUGCACCUUCAUUGUCAACCCCCCCAACCCAACUACCAUGAAGACCCUAAGUCUUGAAUCAUAUACACUAGCUUACUUUACGUCAAGUUGUUUAACAUGACACUUUGUAGAAAGUUCCCACACCGUACACUAUCACAACCUUGCUCAAUGUUGGUCUCUCUUGUGGGGCAUUGUGGGAAAAGUAGUUUUUUACUGUGGUGAUUACAUCUGUCAUGGCUAUAUGUCCAGCCAUUUUUCCCAAAUGUCAUCCGUUUUCCCUGCAUCUGCCACACCCACUACUUACAUUGAUAACUGAGCUCUUAAACUAAACUGUUGUAGGCUACUGUAUGUUUGCUUUUAGGAUGGAAAGUGUCAUGGUCAACGUAAUAAGCAACAGCUUGUUGAACAUAACCUCCAGUAAAGUGUAAUUCAGAGUGCAAUGACGCAGUGAUGCUAUAGUCCGGCAUCCCAUUGUGACAUAGCUACGAGGCUCUGAGGCCACCGUCCGCGGGGACGCACAGCCCGAAUGCGCACCUCCCCCAUAAUUCCCAACCAACGCGGCUCGUCGUACACGUCCUCUAUUCAUUUGAAUGUGUUGAUAGUUGGAGAGAUUGCUUGAGCUGUGCUGAGAAUUUGAAAAGGAGGAAAGCCAACGGUCCAAUAUUCUAGAACACUGCUGUGCGUACACAUACACGUUUUGGACUCUGAUAGAUGCUUAAGACUUAAAUAUUUGUUUUCCUAUGACAGCAGGCAUUUCUAUACUGCAUAUAUCCUAAUCUGCAUUUAAUGCACAAAGACAUGGAAUCAGGCCAUUCUACGUAAUGAUGCUAUUUCUCACCGAGCCCAUCUGAACUGCAGAGAUAUUAUUGAAACAGAUGGGAAAUUGAUAGAGGUCCCUACUUUACAUUUUUCAGUGGACAUGAAUAUCAUAUGGUUUUUAACUGCAACCAGAAACAUUUUUAAAAUGGGUUUAAUUUAGCUAGUUCUGGAAAGCGUAAUUUAAGUAACGUAUCAUCUUAAAUUAAUAAUUAAUAAAUUGAGCAUAUAACCCUUUUUUAUUUUUCAAUGAAUGUCAUUAAAUGUUAAGUUAUUGUGAUCAUGGUGAAUUGUUUGUGUCUUGCAUAUUGUGUCUUAUGGAUGUCAUAAUUUUCUGUGUUGUCAAAACAAAAGCACGUCUCUUGUUAUCCAAGAGAAUUGAACACCCCAGACCACAUUUCACAACCAUGCCAAGAAAUAUCCAUGCAACUUUGAAAAAAGACUAUUUAGCAAAUCUCUGAGUUCAACAAGCAAACAUGUUUUUUUGAAGUGAUCUGGAAAAUAUUAGGGGCACAAUCGUAACAGAAGUCUAACCAGCAAACUGAAUGUUGCAAAAGUCCUCAAAAAACAUCAGUGACUCCUGUCCUGUGACCUAUAUCUGGUUUGUCCCAGUAAACCUUGGAAGUUAAUAUUUUAUGAGCAGAUCCCUUUACUAGAGGAGAAUGUUCUCUCUUUCUUUCUUUCUCUCCCCCACUCUCUCUCCUCUGUGUGUGUGUCUGAGAAACACAAGUCCUCAUGGAUGCCCUUUUUCUUUGUGUGUUCUCCGGCUAAAAUUAAACACUCCUUCAAUUAUGCUGCUCUGUGUAUAAUACCAUUAUGUGGAUCACAGGAAAAUGUUGGCUUUCUAUUCUUUCUCAUUGUUUUCCUAUUCACCUACAUUAUUAUUUUCAAUCCACCUACAGGUUUUAAUUUAGGCAAAUUGUGUGUUUUUUGCCAGGGGACCAAACUAAAGGUAACUCGGGCAUCAUCUUUCUCAGAAAUGACCAUAGACACAUUGUAGGUUUUAUAGGUUGGUAGACUGUGCACUGUAGUUGUUGUGGCUAGAGUUGUUGGACCAGAGAAAUGUGCCAGAUGUGUCUUUCUGAAUGUGUAUAUAACAAAUAUAUGGGAACCCCUCAAUGUCAGAAAAUGUGCUGUAGGUUUACUUUGUAUAUUUUGGGUGUAUCAAACAUAUACAUUACAUACAUAAUAUAUUAGGAAGUGCAUGGUCCUUUGUUGAGAAAUCAUUUGGAAAUAUUCAAUUCAUUGGAUGCCAUAUUGAUGUUGAAAUUCAAAACUAUGUAAACGUCAUUGCCAUUAGAAGAUUUUCUAUACAUAAAUACUGUAUAUAGUAACCCUCAAUACUUGUUGUUUCAUUGUUCCAAAAUUGCAUGAUAUUACAGUUCUCAGCCUUGCUUACAUAGAUUAUUGCUUCAUUAAUGUAAAACUAUAUUUUCAGACUGUCAAAUGGAAUUAAAUAAAUUACAAUUUACUGCAAUCUUU